AUGGAAUCUCUGUCGUUACAUAAAAUUUGUCGCAUUUGUUUGAAAAAUGAUAUUCUGGUGUCGAUAUAUAGUCCAACAUUUCUAAUACGGCCCAUUGAAAUGAUGCAGAAGCUUAAAAUUGUCAAUGUUAAUGCCAAUGAUGAAUCGGCUUUCCCCGCUUUGUUGUGUCAAUCAUGUCUGUACCGGCUAUUGGAUGCCUACAAUCUGCAACAAUUGGCUGAAGCAUCGGAAAGACGUUUAAGGGAAUAUUUUUUUGGUAUUCCACCACCCCCCACCCAACCAACGAUAAGUAAUCUUGGUUCAGUGCUCAACAACGCCAUAUCCCCCAAACCGAUUGAUACACCCGAUGAUAGUGUAUCGGUUGCCAACCUAUGUGAUAUGAUGUUCUAUCGUGAUGUCACCAAUGAUAUUGUUGAAGUUGUCGGUGAUGAUGUUGAAUUGCUGAAUGAUGUUGAAAUUGAUGUUAGUAGCCUGACACGUUCCGAAGCGGAUGAAACACUGAGUGAUGUAUUUGGUAGAACUACUACUCGUAUGUCAUUAGAUGUUUCUUCCACGGCAAUUGGCGAAAUGACGCAUAAUGAUAAUAGUGAUAAUAAUAAUUUUGAAAGUCUUCAUAAUGCAAACGUUAAUUGUGAAAGAGUACAGCCUGCAGAGGAUAAUAAGAAACCACCAGAGCAGAGUAAUAUUCCAUUGGCAAAAAUGAAGAAAGCUUUAAAAAUUCCAGAUAAAUGUUUAGAAUGUGGCAAGAUUUUCCAUUACAAAGGUUAUUUGUUAAUACAUAAACGUAUCCAUACGGGAGAGAGGCCAUUCAAAUGUGAGCUAUCAUAA